GUACACAUGUAGGCUUUGUGAAAGCAACCUCUUACAGAUUAUAUUCUUGUUUAUGAUAUUAUCAUGAUUUUCGUUAUUAAAUUACUGUUGUAAUACACUGAUUGCGGCUCAAAGUAAGUGUAAAUAGACAAAAAUGGACCGUUUAGUAAGCCCCAAGAAGAAAUUGAAGAGUCCAGGUUUAGACGCUACCGCCAAUCUCAACUACAAAACAUCAGUCACUUGUGCAAAUGUACCAGAUAGCUUGUUUGAACCGGGUGCAGCAGAGAAGCAUUUCAGCAAGUUUGGACGAGCGCUUAAGAUACGUUUGAUACCACGUAGGCAGAUGUGCAUUGUCGAGUAUGACCAGCCUAUAUCUGCUGAGCGAGCUGUGUUAAAUGCUGGUGCUUAUGAUGGGUUCAUGUUUGAUGUCACCAGGACAAAGCCUCGCAUGAGAAGAAGGAGCAAGCGAGAUGAUGAUCCAGAUUGGCUGCCAGACCCCGAUGUUGAGGAAGAGCUAUCAGCUAUGAGUGGUGCUCCUACUUAUAAGGUUACCAGACAAAAACCUAUGGUCAUGGAUCCCCCACCAAUAGCAAACAGAAUUAAAACAGUAAAAAGGGCUUUGAAGCAACCUCUUGUGCAAAAACCAAAAAUUCCUGUGAGGGAAAAGCAACCUAUAGUUCUCCGACCAGUAAGUGGUGUAGAAUCCACUAUUGCAGUGACAUCAUCUCACACCAGUCUCAGUACAUCGGAAGCUGCUGCUGAGCUUCAUCAGCUGCGUUCCAAGGUUUCCUUUACUCCUGAUGAGCAAUGGAGAAUUUUGGACGCAAGGGAUAGAAUUUUAAGAGCAUGGGGUGGUGCAGGUUCGCGAGUUAAGAUAGGAGGCGCUACUAUCGGCACUUGUCCUGACAUGUGUCCUGAAAAAGAGAUGUUGCAUAGGCAGGCCGAACAUCAAGUCAUGACCUUCGAAACAAUACCAGGUUUGGAUGGUGAACUAGAACGGUGGCGUGCUGUAAAGCAGUAUAGUCGCAGCUCUGCCGAUCAAGAAAUACCAAUGUGCUAUGAACUGCGACCCGCUGCAGUACUUAUGCGCACAUGUGCCUAUCUGCUGCAUGAAAUUGUUGAUACUAAACGACAGGUUUCUCUGGCAGACUGGUUCCACUUUAUGUGGGAUAGGUUAAGAAGUAUUCGAAAAGAUAUAACGCAGCAGGCUCUAUGCUGUGCAGUAUCUAUCCGCCUAGUAGAAAUGUGCGCCCGGUUUCAUGCACAUUGCGCGGCUCGCCUUGCGGAUCUUGAACAUACACAAUUUGAUCAGAAACUCAACACAGACAAUCUUACAAAGUGCCUUCAAACACUCAAACAUAUGUAUGCCGACGUAGAACCAGAUAUGAAACCAUGUGAAGCUGAAUUCAGAGGAUAUAUUGCGUUACUGAAUCUUGGAGACGCUAAUUUCUGGUGGGAGAUUAAACAGCUUCCCCUCGUUAUACAAAAGUCUGAAGGUAUUAUGUUCGCCAUUAAAGUAUUCAAUGCUUUGGACAAUAACAACUAUGUAAGAUUCUUCAGAUUGGUCAAGGAGAAGGCGACAUAUCUGCAAGCGUGCAUUCUUUUACGUUAUUUCAAUGACGUUAGAGCUAGAGCUUUGGCUAGGAUUGUGAAAGCUUAUGCUCCGCGAGGAGGAUCCCGCUAUCCUGCUGAAGAUCUCAUGAGUGCACUUGCCUUUGAAUCUGUUGAAAGCAUGAAAUCUUUCGUCAACCACUAUGGUUUGCGUUUCGGCAAAGAUGUAGCAGAAAUUACUGUUAUUCUGGACAGAAAUCAGUUUAUCGAAGACAGCAAUCCGUAUCCGAUUGCGCGAGCAAUCCACCUUAUAGAGUCUAAAAGAUUAACCAGUGUUGGCGAGGUAAUUGCUGGAGGUCAUCUCUCUCACUAUGACUAUAAAAAUCAUACUAUCUAUACGAGUUUCGGCAAAGAUGGUAGAUUGAAAGAGGCUGCACUUAUUGCAGAAGACCAAGGCUAUAAUACAGUUAACGAUAGUAACAAAGAUGUUAGUGCUUUGAAAGCAGAAAUUCAAAGGCUAGCUCAAGGUGGGAAAGUUUUUGUGAAUGCUGAAAAAUGUGAUUCGAAAACCAAUCUUUUUAUUAAACCAGAAGCUAGAAGUUUAAGUCCAGGGAAACCCUUAAAUACUUUUGCGGCGUCUGCUAAAGUUAACAGUAUUAUGCCACCAGUGAAAGUGAACGGAGAAAGUAAUUUAUUUGCAUUCAAACCAGCGAUUCCUGUUGCUCCUACCGAUAUUAUCUCGAUCUCGACAAAAAAAAUGUUUGAAAAUGAUUCCAAAAAGCUAUUCUCCUUUUCGAAGCCGCAAGAGACAAUAAAAUCUAACAAUUUGUUUGUUGAUAAAGAGGCGAGUACAUUAAAAGCUGCAUUAGGCAAAAACUUAUUUGGGGACAAACUUGCUCAAAGUAAUGUUUUGUUCCAAAAAAAAAGCAAUGAAAAUAUAGAUCCUUUUCCAAACGCCCAAAAUGUUUUUAAAACUGAAAAGUUUGUAUUUAGAAACCCUGAACCCAGCAUAUUUGGCCAAACUUCAAAUGUAUCAAAACAAGACACAAAUAAGAGUAUUUUUGGAAGUGUAGUGAAAAGCAAUUUAUUUACUAAUAAAGAUGAUAUGGCAAGUGGUCGAAAUGUGUUUGGAAAACCUGAUGUGUUCUCCACUAAUAAAACCGAGGAAGCCAGCAGUAUUUUUGCUAAAGCGGCACAAGAAUCUGAAAACAAAGAAAAAGCUAGUAAUAUUUUCGCACAAGCUGCUGCAAAACAUAAUGAUACGAAGUAUGCCUCAAAUAUAUUUGCAGCUGCUAAUCAAUCGAAGUCAUUGUUCUCGACAAAUGGAGAUGCAAGUAAAAGUUCAUCUCCUGGUAGUUUCUUCAAAAGUGCGAACUCUGCCGAAGGCAAAGAUUAUACAAUAUUUCAGAGCAAAAACAAAGCUCCAUCAGUUGCAGAUAACAUAUUUAAUUCGGUAAAAAAAUCUGAAAGUACUGUUUAUGAAUUCAAUCAGAAUGAAGAUGAUACAGAAAAGCUACACGAACAAAGAAUGAAAGAAGAAAUAGAGAGAAAAUUACACGAGAAAAAAUUACUUGCUGAAGAAGAACAAAGACGACGAGAAGAACAAAAAAGAGAAGAAGAGAGGAGGCUUCAGGAAGAAGAGAAACGCAAAGAAGAGGAAAAAAGAAAAAGAGAAGAACUAAGAUUGCUGGAAGAAAAGAGAAAGAAAGAACGAGAAGAGCUCAGUAGAAAACUAGAGGAAGAAAGAAUAGCUGAGCUGAAACGAAAGGCUGAAGAAGAAAAAAAGAAAUACAAAGAGAGAGUUGAAAAGGAAUCUGCAGAGCUUAUAGAAGAACUAGUCAAUGAAGUUAACGAUGAAACAGUGAGAGCAUUCUUGACAGACGAAGUUGAAAACAUGAAAAAAUUAAUGACAUGUGCUGAUGUUUUAACUGAGGAGAUUUGUAUUGAGCUCUGUGAUGAAAUAUGUCACUCUGAAAUAAAAGCAGAGAAAUUCAGGACGGAAAAAUUAAAAAAGAAGUGGUUUUAUAUUUGGAGAAAACAAUUAUUCAAAAACUUAAAACAAAGAGGCCUGCUGGAAGAUACACCUGUUUGGCUGCCUGAUAAGACUCAUAUUCAAGAAGCAGCAUAUUUAAGACGUGCUGUCGAGCAAGCAGCUUUAAUAAAUAUGAAUGCUAUACACAGGGGUUAUAAAUUCACUGGUGAAUUGAGACAGUUGCCAUCCCCCAAACCCUUCAAUAUAAUGGAAAUCAUAAAAUCCCCUUUGCUAAAACGAAUGAAACAAAUUAGCUAUCCAUAUGAUAAGUGUUUCUUUUGGAAAGUUACUUUGGUUUCUCCUGGUCAGAUGAAAUGGUUAUGUAAAAAGAUAGAGGUAGAAAAAUGGUUAAUUGACGCAUUUAGUGACAAACAGCAACAUGAAGUAUCGGAAAGUUUAAUUCACGUAAGAAAGCAGUCAUGGAACAACUUAAUGGAUUUUGCCAUUUCUGUUAGCUUAACAAAUAAUGAAGAUAACAAGAAUAUCUCCAAUGAAGCUAUUGAAGGAACAAAUAGUAUUUUGUUUUAUGAUACUGAAAAUAAUUCCAACUUGACUGAGACAAUCGAAGAAAUGUUGCAGCAUAAAUAUGCAUAUCAAGUGAUUCCUGUUGCUGUAAUUUUGCCAGAAAUGGAAAACUUGUCAAAGUUUAGUGCUGUUGAGCAAAUUCUUGCAAAUUUAGUUCACAAAAAUGUUAUAUCAAGUUUCAAGAUAUUCACUGUAGACCCUAAAAAUAUUUUUGAUUCACUCAGUGUUACUACCAAGACUGCAUUAAAAUGGCUUUCAAAGAAAUACCCUGAAAUCCCUCCACUUGAGACUGAUUAUCUAAAAUCAAUAUGUCAGAGGUAUCUAGGCAAUGAAAUAUGGUAUAGGUUGAAAUCAGAUAAGGAUGGAAGAGUGAGGGAUGUACUAAAAGACUUGCACAGAUUGGUGAAUUGUUACAAUACAGCUGUUGAUAAACUCACAGGUGUUAUUACAAAUGAGGAUCUUUUUAAUUACCCUCAAUUUCCGUUGGAAUUUAAGGAUUUCUUAGAUCACACAUCUCCUUAUCCAAAACCCUACGAAUUUAUAACCACUAGUGCGAAAAAUUCCGGCAACACUUCUGCUAUCCGCGACAUGAUGCGGAAGCUGAAACUCCCAGAUCCAGUAUCAGAAUUUAAACCAGUUGAUGUUCCUAGUAUGCAGAAUCAAAUACGUAACUACUGCAAUCAAAUUGGAUGGUUUAAAAACCCUGAAGAAGUAAUAUGUAAAGUAGUGGCAGUUUUACCAAAUCAGUUUUCGGAUUUGGAUAUGCCUUGUGAGCAGUUCAGCCAAUUCUUUGAACAGUAUGAUGUAAUUGAUUUUCUCAAUAUAAUAGUGUAUGAAAAAAUUUGUAGACUGAAUAAUUUUGAUAACAGAUUUGCUAUCUACGAAAGAUCAGCACUAGAAGAUUAUAGAAACUCUCACUGGUUUUACGAAAUUGAAGUUUUAUCAAAGAUGAAACACAAAUUUUUAGAGCGUGAUGAUGAUGUGGAUAAAUUUAUCAUAGCCAAAAGGCGAAAAAUCGCCGUAGAGUCAAUGGAGUAUGUAUUGUUAUUAGAUAAUGAUUCCACAAUGGUUGAAGAAAAUGUUAAAGAAGUUGAAAAGAGUAUAACAAAUUAUAAUAAUUGCAAAGAAGCUGUGAAACAGCUUGAAGAGCAAAUUGAUUUAGAGAGAAAGAAAUCUAUGGAGCUUGAGAAUUUGUUAAAAUCUGCUCUUUCUAAUUAACAUGUAACAAUAUUCAAAUUACUUCUUUCUCAUAUAAAUUAUUUUAUUUUUGUAUGAAUG